UAUUCUGCUCAUCUUUGAGAGGGAUUAAAUCCUUUAAGUCUUCUGUACUUAUAUCGCUGAACUACUCUUAGUUGACUGCCCAGCUUGCAGUCCUUGUAAAUAUCUUUUUGAGGGUUUAGCUCGAGUCGAGCCUCCUUUGAGGAGAGCAAGCCAAGUUCAUUUACCAUUAACCAUUAAGACUGAAUGCGCAGGCGAACUCGUGAAACACUGAUAAAUCACAGCUUCCUCCUAAGGCAGGGAAAACAUACUGAUCUGAAAGAUCAACUGAAGGGUUUCUACAGCGAGGAAUAAGAAAAUAUAUCUGGCAGAGGUAAAGUACUGAACAUUUUAAAUAUGUAAUUUUAAUCAAAUGAUAUGGAAUCUUGAAUUUUAAUAUGUAGUUGUGUUUUCGUUUAAUUCAACAACAGUUUAUAGUGACUGAACAGCUCAACGCUCUGGAAAAGACACAACCAGUCGCACCAGACAUACCUGUUUUGCACGUUUCUUAAACACCAACUAUAAUAGCCCUUAAAUGCAGAGAAAAUGAAACCUAAUUGUAGAUAAGACGCUGUAUGUUUCUCUAUUCUAUCUUUAUGUGAUUGCAGUAUUAUGGCAGAAGCCAGUAUUUCAGAGGCCGAGGAUCAGUUCAGCUGUCCAGUCUGUCUGGAUCUACUGAAGGAUCCAGUGACCAUCAUCUCCUGCGGACACAGUUACUGUAUGAGCUGCGUUACGCACCACUGGAAUCAGCAAGAUCACAAUGCAGUGUACAGCUGCCCGAUGUGCAAACGGACCUUCACUCCAAGACCGGCUUUAUAUAAGAAUGUGGUGUUUGCUAAAAUGGUGGAGAAACUAAAGAUGACAAAAGUCAAAAUAACUCUCAAUUACGCUGGACCUGGAGAUGUGGAGUGUGAUGUUUGUACUGGGAGAAAAUACAAAGCUGUAAAGUCCUGUCUGCAGUGUCUGGAAUCGUACUGUCAAAUUCACUUUGAGCGCCAUGAGGCUUUCCGCACAGGCAAACGACACAAGAUAACCGAUGCCACUGGACGACUGCAGGGUAUGAUCUGCUCCAAACAUGACAAACAACUAGAAAUCUACUGCCGUACUGAUCAGCGAUGCAUAUGUUAUCUGUGUACGAUGGAUGAACAUAGAAAUCAUGACACUGUAACAGCUGUAGCUGAAAGGACAGAGAAACAGAAGAGUUUGGAGGAGAGGCAGAGAAAGGUCCAGCAGAUAAUGCAAGAAACAGAGAAAAGGAUUCAGGAGCUAAAAGAUGCCGUGAAGACACAUAAGCACUCUGCACAGACGGCAGUGGAGGACAGUGAGAGGAUCUUUACUGAACUGAUCCACUACAUUGAGAAAAGCAGAUCUGAGGUGACACAGAUGAUCAGAGAUGAGGAAAAGGCUAAAGUGAGUCGAGCUGAAAAAGUCUUGGAGGAACUAGAGCGAGAUAUUAGUGAUCUGAGGAGGAGAGAAGCUGAACUGGAGCAACUUUCACACACUGACAAUCACAUCCUUUUCCUACAGGGUUUCAAGUCCCUACCUUCACCUUCUACAUCUUCUGAUUUCUCCGGCAUCACUGACUGUUCUUUCUCUUUUGAUGAUGUGGGGAAAUCUGUCUCUCAACUGAAAGAAAAGCUAGAGGGUUUAUGCAAAGAAGAGGUGGAAAAGUUAACUGACAGAGCAAAACAGCAGGUUAUGCCAUUAUCAGAACACCUGAGCCCCUUUGACGAAAAGUCACUAUUAAGUCUCUCUACUCUGAAUCAACAGCAUCCUGUUCGCAGUAAAAGUAUAAGCAGAGCUCUUAGAGAGCUGCAAAAGUACAAGGAAACACCAUAAAACAUAAUAAAUGUAGUAUAUACAACAUGCUUUUAAAGAAACAUCAUAUUAAAUCCAUGAAAGAAAAACACUUAUUUCAGCAACAGAAAUUCAGAUUCCUUGAUUGGUGCGAAUCUCUCCUAGAAAUGUUAAGUUCUCCAUCUAGACCUCUACAAAUAAUAUUGUCGUAUCAUAGCUCUGAGCUGCAAAAUCAUUAACAUAAAGAUAAUAUGAAUAUUUUAUUUGUUAAUCAAAUAUUUAUUUCUAAAAUGCAUAUAGCAUCACAAAUUACUAGAACUUAUCAAAAAUUAUAAUAUUUUACUAAUAUAAAAAUGUAUGUAAU